GCAGGUGCAUUCACGUGGACUAACGGGGCCGGCGAUUCCCAAUUGUGCGAUCGGCGCGGCAAAGUGGGGAAGGAUUUUCGGAUCGCGCGAUCGCGUAACGUAAUAUUUAAAGCGCCGCGACGACGGCACCGAUCGAUGUGUCGAUCCAUCGUCGUCGACGAGCGACGGUCUAAGGGAGGCCACCAGCGCGGCAUCUCUGUACCACCCACGAUCGACAGUCGCAGAUUAGGCUUCCUCGCGACCGAAUAGACUUGGUGCCUGCCUGUUAGCUGCUUCUGGUCCUGGAAAUUUUUCAGGGCGCCGCAUCAUGGCCAGCCGCAUCUCCACCGUCUCCCUCUCAAUAGAAAAGGAGACCAAGGAUCAUGGGGUCAAGGAAGGUACCAUGGACUUUGAAAAGGCCAUGGAGAUAUGUGGAAAUGGAAGGUAUCAAUACACUUUCCUGCUGGUUUGCGGCAUAAUAUUCAUCUGCGUCGGCUGCCAGUAUGGAGCAAACGCGUAUAUCCUGCCGUCAGCCGAAUGCGAUCUGAAUAUGAGAUCUGAAGAAAAAGGAUUGUUGAACGUCGCCUUUCUCAUAGGUUCGGUGUUCAGCGCUCUUUUUUGGGGAAUCUUCGCGGGUGCUUACGGAAGAAGAAACAUCCUGCUGCUAAAUCUCUUCACCGACAGCAUCGUUACACUAAUCGCGAGUUUUGCACCAAAUUUCAAACUGCUGCUAGUGUUCAGAGUCAUAAGCGGAUUCUUGAUGGGCGGGCCCGGGUCCUUGGUGUACACGUACCUCGGCGAGUUUCACGCGGAAAGUUACAGAGCGAAGAGCAUCUGCUUCCUGGGCUUUUUCUUCACUCUCGCUUGGUUAAUAUUGCCUGGUUUAGCGUGGAUAAUCAUACCGUUGCCGAUAUCCUUCGAUUUCUACGGCAUCCGGUACAAUUCCUGGAGAUUGUUCCUUGGCUCUUUAAGUCUGCCAAUUUUCUCUAUUGCUGCAAUAACUCUAACGUAUCCGGAAAGUCCGAAAUUUCUGGUGUCGCAAGGCAAGACUGACGAGGCGCUCGCGAUUCUUCGAACGAUCUACGCGGUGAACACCGGACGCGAUGAAAGCGAGUUUCCGGUGAAGGAACUUCUCUCCGAAGCCGUGUUCGAAAUAGAGAAGGACAAGGCACCGUCUUCGUCGGAUGUGCUAACGGAAUUGCUGAAAAAUAUUUGGUGGCAAUUGCGCACCAUUGCAUCGCCACCACUCUUCAAGUACGCUUUACUCUUGUGGACGAUUUAUUUCACCAAUAUGUUCGGGUACUACGCCUUUAAUCUCUGGCAACCGGAAUUGUUCAAUCGCUUCGAGAAUUAUCACCAAUCACAUCCGAAUGCGUCCGUGACAGUCUGCGAGUUGAUACACGACAUGCAGACGUUAAAUCGCACUGUUACAGAGAAGCCGUUCCUCGUUUUGGCGAACGGAGUCACUACGGAGUGCAAGCCGCACAUAGAUCAACGGGUGUUCAUUAACUCUCUGACGAUCAACGCCGUUUGCCUGUUGGGCAAUGUCGCUUCUGGCUAUCUAGCAAAUCGAGUUGAUCGUCGAACAAUGCCAGUGACCACAAUGCUGGUGGCUGGCGUCGCUAGCCUCGGUAUGUACUUCGUGAAAUCCUCGCUGCAGAUCCUUAUAACCGCGUGCAUAUUCUCCCUGAUGGCGGCCACGGCGAAUUUCGUGAUUAGCAGCGUUGCGGUCGACGUCUUCCCUACUCACGUGUCCGCCGCCGCGGUGUGCAUGAUGGUGUGCUUGGGAAGGUUCGGCGCGAUGACGAGUAAUCUGGCGUUCGGCAUGCUGCUGGAUCUCAGCUGCGAGAUCCCGAUAUUCUUGGUGACCGGUAUCACCAUAAUUGGUUCGAUGUUAUGCUUCCUGAUACCGAGCAAAGAAAAGAAGUGAAGUGUCGACGCUCGAGGAAGAGACCGACGUGUUAAAUGUAAGAAGAGAACAAUCUGAAGUGUCGAACGAAGUGUUUUUUGUGUUAUUCUUUCAUCAGAUGCGAGGUUCAUGCAGUCUAGAUUUAGAAUACGUGUGAGAGUGACUAUACCGAUCUGUAAAUAAUAAUUGUAAGCAUCGAUCGACAAGUUCUCGGUUUCUUUGCUCUCGCACAAAAAUCUAUGUGCCUUUCAUAACCAAAACGUUCAGUGAAAUCACACGAUGCUCAAUGACUUAUUUCCAAGUAAUUUACUCCGAGAAGUAACUUUUUUUUCUUGAUACUCGUUUGUAUAGUUACUAGGAAUUAAAUGACGAAAACCAUUUCCUUAUUAGUCGUUAACUUAAUAUCGGCUCGUCAAUGACGAUCUGAUUUCACUGAUCGGUGAUACAUUCCAUAUCGUUUUAUUACGAUCUGACAUCGUGCGCUUAUCGACCAGGUCGUUUGUAAAUAACUGUUCCAAUAUUUAUUAACUCGUAUUGCAUAUGCAUGUGGCAUGUAAUACGUCGCGGACGCCACACAACGAGGCAUCCGAUGUAACGAGCGAUUCUACGUCGCGAUAAUGUACAUGUUAAAAAUAAAAUUGUAUGACAAAGGGAAAUAAUUAGAUUAAUAGAAUACUGUAAUCUAAAAUAAUAAUUAAAACAUAGCAUGGUAGCAAUUAAUGGUAGCUUCUUAUUAAUGGUAGCAAUUAAUUACGAAAGGGAACAAGAUGAUAGAGGACUGACAUAUAUUGAAAGAGGAUCGAAUAUUGAUUUGAGGGAUUCGAGGAAACGAAAACGAGAGGAUGAUGAAGAUGAAGAAAAACGAAGGAAAUAAAAAAUGUAUUGAAAUAAUUUGAUAUUUUUAAAUGUACUAACAUCGUUAAUAUAACUUGGAAAGGAAUUUUAUCAUUCGCUUAGGGACCGUUUCUCCUUCCCCAGGGCUUGCUCUAGCAUCAACUGAACUUUACUAUAGACAGCGAUCGAUUUAUCCCGUCGACUUAAUCCGUCAGAAAAUCUUCGAAGAAAACGUUAAUCGUCGUUGCAAAUAGAACAAUAUUAAUGCGUUCGAAGCUGUGAGAAUAUUGAUUGAUUCUGUCUAACUAAUGUCUAAACUUAAUGUC